AUGGUAUUCGUCAGUAUGAUUCAAGUACGUCUGGAGUAUAUCAGCGAAAAACUCAGAUUAAUCAAAUGGAAUAAUGAGUUUAACAGUAAUUUGACUCUAACAUUUUUAAGAGAUAUGUGUGUGUUGCAUAUGAAACUAAAUGAUAUAACAUUGUUAAUUAAUGAAGUGUUUGGCAUCAGUAUAAUGGCAAAUGUCGCGAUGUAUUUUGUGCAAUUUGUAUGUGGUGGAUAUACAAUGGUAUUUGCUUUUAAAUCCAUUACGGACACAACUGAAAUGUAUCAGUUGUGUCUUACAUCAAUUAUUUAUAAUUAUCCGUAUCUUCCUUUAUUUUUUUGGAUCUGUUAUUGUUGUCGCUGUACAAUUCAAGAAUCUACUAAAGUUGGUCAAAGGUUGCAUUCACUUAAUACUGGAGAAGAAAUUGACUCAAUUCAAGACCAGAUCAAGACAUUUUCACUGCAAGUACUGCACCAAAACAUAGAAUUUUCUGCUGGAGAUUUUUUCACGAUUAAUUUCACAUUAAUAUUUGCAAUUAUUUGUGCUUUUACUAAUUAUCUCAUAAUAUUAAUGCAAUUUUCUUAA